CUUCCAUCCAGAUCUCCUUUGCUUCUGCAUAAAAAAGCGACACUUACGUCACUUAUGCCUAAGCGAGGACCCCUUUUUGCAAGCACGAUAUGCGGGCACGGUCCCCUAAAGCGUGUUCCAGGGUCUGACACGCGGUGAGCCUAGGCGGCAACUCAUGAUAACCUUAAACCUGGUCAACAUCUCCCUCUCAUAAACACUGAUGCGACAACACCGAGGUACAAUCCUUCACCAUUCAUCGCGACAUUAAAUUUGGUUUGCUUACCUGUGCCUGAACGACGAUGGCGACGACGAGAGAUACAACCAAGAGCUUCCUGCAUUAUCCUGAGGCGAAACAAGGACCAAAUGUUCCUUAUACAAACAACAGAAAGAGCAAUCCAGCGGUGAGAGGAUGGUAUCUUCUCAUUUCUGCAUUAAUUCUCGAGUAUGUCGGUUUUGUUCGCCGAAUUGUAUGGAAGAAUACUGGAUUCGCCAAUCUACGUCUCAUACGCAAAUAUAUCGAGAACGCCGAGCCUCGAUAUGAUCCGACGGUGGUUCCUAUUGCCGCUUCUUCGCCAUUUGAUGAUCCAGCUCCAGUAGUUGAGACAGCCGUUGCUUGGAAACCAGAAGCGAAGUAUUACACUGUUGCUGAUUAUCGAAAGUUGUUUCUAUCCGGAGAGUUGACGCCGUUGGCUGUUGCUCAAGCUAUCUUACCCUUGAUCAGAAGAGAUAUAUCGCCGCCUGGCUCGCAUUCCAUUGGUUUCUUUGACAGUAAUGUGGAAUUGGUGCUUGCAGCGGCAAAGGCCUCGACUUUGAGAUAUAAGGAGAAACGACCCCUAGGACCAUUGGACGGCAUUGCGCUUGCAGUGAAGGACGAAUACGAUAUUGAAGGUUAUACCACGUGUUUGGGGUCCAGGAACGACUACACGGGAAAAGCUGCUCCUGGAGAGUCAAUCACUGCCUGGUGUGUGAAGAAGCUACAAGAAGCUGGUGCUGUCAAUGUUGGAAAGCUUUCGAUGCAUGAGUUUGGUCUUGACACGUCUGGGAAUAAUCCUAUCAAGGGCACUCCACCAAAUCCUUACAAUAGUGACUAUUACACUGGUGGUUCUUCCAGUGGUUGCGCCUAUGCGGUAGCUUCUGGCUUGGUCCCUAUUGCCCUCGGAGGUGACGGCGGUGGAUCAAUUCGAAUUCCUGCGUCAUUUUGCUCAGUUUUCGGUCUCAAGCCUUCCCACGGCCGCCUCCUAUUCAAGCCAUGCAUGAAUCACUCUUCAAGCUGCGCAGUCAACGGUCCUCUCGCUUCGGAUAUUGCCUCUCUCACUGCGUUCUAUCAAGUUCUCGGGAUUCAAGAUACAGAGGCACUCUUUCCAGCGCCGUCACCAACGAUUCUCGUACCUACGUCUAGAAGCAAGAAAGUCCUUGGUAUUCCAGAAGCAUGGUUCGCUCGCUCUACUCCAGCGAUCCAACGUCUCUGCCGCUCUCUUGUUGACCGUCUUGUCGCAAACCACGAUUAUACGCUAGUACCAAUCAGCAUCCCCUUCCUCCCAGAGGGACAACUCGCUCACGCUAUGACCGUACUUACAGACGCCGCAACCCUGUUGCCAGAAACCUCAAACCUGACCUCAGCGAACAGGAUCAUGAUCGCACUCGGUACCGUCACACCAGCAACAGACUACGUCCUCGCCCAGAAACUCCGACAAGUGCUGAUGCAACAUAUGGCUUACCUAUGGGAAAAGUAUCCCGGCAUGAUCAUCGUGACUCCGACCACUUCCUGUGCCGGGUGGAAGGUUGCCGGAAAGUCAGACUUGAAGUACGGUAUUAGUGACGGAGACACGACGUUGAAGACUAUGGAAUACGUAUGGAUGGGUAAUUUCCUCGGCUUGCCUGGUCUCGCGGUCCCGGCUGGGUUCGUGAAGCCGGAAGGUGUCAAGGGAGCUGGUGAAGAGGCUGCGGAUGGAGAGGUGGGAGGCGUGCCGGUGGGAUUGAUGGGGAUGGGAGAGUGGGGUGACGAGGAAGAGUUGCUGAGGUGGGGUGCUGAGGUUGAGGAAGUAGGGAUGGAUAGGAGGUGUAGACCACCGAUUUGGGUUGAUGUUGUGGAGUUGGCGAAGAAGCAGAUGUAGGUGUAGAGGGGAGGAUGUGCGUGUUAGAUUAUAAAGUCAGAUGCUCCUUUUAUUCAUACCCAAUUUGUUGUUAUCUAAUAGACUUUG